AUGCGCGCUUCAGUUCUCACACUCCUCGUUGCAGCUUUCGCUGUUAACACCAUCGCUGCUCCAACAGAGCCAACCAAAGCCCCAGAGCCAACAAAGGUCCCAGAACCAACCAAGGUCCCAACCCCAACGGGAACCACCCCAGUUCCAACUGCCUUCCCUGAGGACUGCCUCUUCACUUGCUCCCGCCCAGCUCUUGCCGCAGUCUUGAACUGUGUCAACGUCUUGACUGGCUUGCAAGUCGCUGUCCCAAUCUCCGCUUUGGACGGUCUCAAGAAGAGAACCGGAACUCGUAAGUUACCCGUUUCCCCUCCAUAGUAUGAGAAUCCUUGCUGUAGAUUACGAGACUAACUUCUAAAUAGCUCCCGUUCAAGGUGCUGCCAACUACUGCUGCAAGACUUCUCUUGCGACCCUCAGUGCUUUGACUUGCAUCGAUAUCGCCUCUGGAACCAACAUCAACAUUCCAAUCUCCCUUUUGGAGGGUUAG